CAACCAUUACUUGCAUUCAAAGAGUUAUACAACACAGCUUACAAGUUUCUUUUGCUUUCCGAUCUAAAAAUCUUUGCCCAUAAAAAAAUGAUGAACACAAAGAAGCUAAUCAAGAUGGCCAAGAAAUGGCAACAGCGAGCAGCCUUAAGCAGGAAAAGAAUCUCAUUUCAGAGAUCAAUUUCUACAACUAGCAGCUCAACCGCUGCAGAGAAGGGCUGUUUUGUGGUUUACACAUCCGAUAAAAUCCGCUUUGCGUUUCCAAUAAGUUACCUGACCAACUCUGUUAUUCAAGAGCUCUUGAAGAUAUCUGAAGAAGAGUUUGGCAUCCCCACGGAAGGACCAAUCACUUUGCCAUUCGAUUCGAUUUUCUUGGAGUAUCUCAUCAAAAUGAUCAAAAGACGAAUGGACGGAGAUACAGAAAACGCCCUGAUGAUGGCAGUCUCUAGUGCUAGAUGUUCUUCACAAUGCUCUAUGCAACUUCAAGAACAUAGUAGUACUCAGCGUUUGCUUGUGUAGAUAAUUAGUGUCAAGCAAUUUCUUUGUUUGUAAAGAUUCUACUGUAUUAUUAGAUUAGACAGAUCAUUUCAGAAAUACAAACUAUCAUUUUUCCUCUCUUUUAGACCGUCUCAUCAUAUGAAAAUCAACUUCAGUAUCAUCU